CGAAAGAGACGCUUGCUAAUUACAUUGGACUCCUUCUCCCGAUCUCAAAUCAGCUUCCAAUUCCAUGUAUCUCUGAAGCGGAUCAACGUCCGAGUAGCCAUGAAUCUGGAUUUAGGUCCCUUCUCCGGCGAGAGUUUCGACCCGAAGAAAUGGAUCAAUUCCGCUUGCCAGACUCGUCAUCCACAGGAGUCUUUGGACAAGCACCUUGUCGAUUUGGAGAUGAAGCUUCAAAUGGUGUCCGAAGAGAUUGCUGCCUCACUUGAGGAGCUCAGUGCUAAUGCUCUCCUUCGCGUUCCUCGUGCUACACGCGAUGUUAUUCGCUUACGUGACGACGCUGUUUCUCUCCGAUCUGCUGUCUCUGGGAUCCUCCAGAAGCUCAAGAAGGCAGAGGGAUCCUCUGCAGAAUCUAUAGCUGCACUUGCUAGAGUUGAUACGGUUAAGCAGAGGAUGGAAGCUGCCUAUGAGACAUUGCAGGAUGCUGCUGGGUUGGCUCAAUUAAGUUCAACGGUCGAAGAUGUUUUUGCCAGUGGUGAUCUUCCUCGGGCUGCUGAAACGUUGGCCAACAUGAGACAUUGCUUGUCUGCUGUUGGGGAGGUUGCUGAGUUUGCUAAUGUAAGGAAGCAGCUUGAGGUCUUGGAGGACAGGCUUGAUGCUAUGGUUCAACCUCGUCUACAAGAUGCACUAACAAAUAGAAAGAUUGAUGUUGCUCAAGAUUUGAGGGUAAUUCUCCUUCGAAUUGGAAGAUUCAAGUCUCUAGAGCAGAACUAUACGAAAGUUCACUUGAAGCCUAUAAAGCAACUUUGGGAAGAUUUUGAUUCAAAGCAACGAGCAUAUAAGCUUGCUAAUGAAAAGAGUGAAUUUCAAAGACCGACGACUAAUAAUGACUUUCAAUCUAGUUUUCCAUCAGUUUCCUUCGCCAGUUGGUUGCCAAGUUUCCAUGAUGAAUUGCUACUUUAUCUUGAACAAGAAUGGAAGUGGUGUAUGAUUGCGUUUCCAGAUGAUUAUAAAGCUCUUGUCCCCAAGCUUUUGAUUGACAUAAUGGCAGUUGUGGGGUCAAGUUUUGUUUCACGUAUCAAUCUUGCAACUGCAGAUGUUGUUCCUGGGACAAAAGCAUUGGGGAAAGGAAUAUUGGAUAUUUUAUCUGGAGAUAUGCCAAAGGGGGUCAAGAUUCGAACAAGGCAUCUAGAAGCACUUAUUGAUUUGCAUAAUAUGACGGGAACCUUUGCUAGGAAUAUUCAACAUCUAUUCUCAGAAUCAGAUGUGAACAUUUUAACCAACACGCUGAAAGCUGUAUAUUUUCCUUUUGAAGCCUUUAAACAAAGGUAUGGACAAAUGGAGCGCGCUAUCCUUUCCUCUGAAAUUGCAGAGGUAGAUCUUAGAGGAGCUGUCACUCGAGGUGUAGGGGCCCAAGGGAUUGAACUUAGUGAAACAGUACGCAGAAUGGAGGAGUCUAUCCCACAAGUUAUUUUAUUUCUUGAAGCAGCUGUUGAGAGGUGCAUAAGCUUUACGGGUGGUUCUGAGGCGGAUGAGAUGCUUCUUGCUCUUGAUGAUGUGAUGUUACAGUAUAUUUCUUCACUCCAAGAAACUCUAAAAUCCCUGAGAGUUGUAUGUGGAAUUGAUCAGAGUAGUGAUGGUAUUGGGAUAAAAAAGGAAACUGGCCUGGACAAGAAGGAUGGAACCCGCAAAGUUGACUCAGCCUCAAACGAGGAAGAGUGGUCCAUUGUCCAGGGGACUUUACAGAUACUUACAGUGGCUGAUUGUUUGACUAGCAGGUCUUCUGUAUUUGAAGCUUCUUUGAGAGCUACUCUUGCAAGACUGAGCACGACCUUAUCUGUUUCGGUCUUUGGUUCAAGUUUGGACCAAAACCAGUCUCAUAUAGUCAGUGAUUACAGCAAUAGGGAAUCCAUUAUGGGUGGCAGGGCUGCAUUGGAUAUGGCAGCUAUUCGGCUUGUCGAUGCUCCCAAUAAGGCGAAAAAGCUCUUCAACCUCUUAGAUCAGUCAAAAGAUCCACGUUUCCAUGCUCUUCCACUCGCAUCUCAAAGAGUUGCAGCAUUUGCAGACAAGGUUAAUGAACUUGUAUAUGAUGUUCUCAUAUCCAAAGUACGACAACGCCUUAGCGAUGUCUCUCGUUUGCCAAUAUGGGCGUCGGUUGAGGAACCUAGUGCUUUUCCUCUUCCAACUUUUAGUUCUUACCCCCAGUCUUACGUUACUAGUGUUGGUGAAUAUCUUCUCACUUUACCCCAACAACUGGAGCCACUUGCUGAGGGUAUCUCUAAUAGCAAUGCCAACAAUGACGAGGCUCAGUUUUUCGCUGCAGAAUGGAUGUGCAAGGUUGCUGAGGGCACCGCUGCUCUUUACACUGAGCAAUUGCGUGGCAUACAAAACGUUACAGAUCGUGGGGCGGAGCAGUUAUCUGUUGACAUCGAGUAUCUGACGAACGUGCUCUCUGCCCUAUCAAUGCAAAUUCCUUCAGCUCUCGCCACAUUCCUCGCUUGCUUUUCCACUUCAAGAGACCAGCUGAAAGAUCUUCUAAAAUCUGACUCUGGAAAGGAGCUUGAUCUUCCAACAGCAAACCUUGUAUGUAAGAUGCGGCGUGUCAACUUAGAUUAGCAAAUUUUUGACUAAAACAUCUUUGACCUUAUGAUCAUCCUCAUUUAUUAUUAAUAGGUUAUACGAUUACCCUGCCAAUAAACACUGCAUUAGAGCUUAUAUUAGGUAGUUUGUUCGCGUGCAUCCUAACAACAAGUUGAUAUCUUCAUUUAAUCAUGUCAAUAUUUGUUCCUGUCUUUAAGUUCAUCUUUUUAUCAUCUCCAUGUAAUUUACACUACCAAGAACGAGUUUCAAGAAGUCUUAAAAAUA